UUCUUUGUGGACUUCCUCAUUUAAUGCUUGUUAAGGCAAAUCAUUAUUUGCUAUUUUUAAAAUAUUAACUCAAUUGUAAGUUGUCCGAUCAACUAUAUACAAUGAUUCCACACAUAAUAAUUGCUUUGUUAAUCUUCGUUGUAGUUUCAUCAGCGCCAGAUUGUUCUUUGUUCGAAUUUCAAUGCGACGAUGGAAAUUGUAUCAGUGAUAAGCAUGUUUGCGACGGAGAGGAAGAUUGCGAAGAUAACAGUGACGAACGCGAUUGUCAUUCCAGAGUUUGUCACUCAGAAUACCACUUUCGAUGUAGAAGCGGGCAAUGCAUCUAUAAAGCCAUCGUAUGUGAUGGAAUAUAUGACUGUGCAGAUGACAGUGACGAAAGCGAUUGCCUUGCAUGUGACUUAGAAACAGACUUUCGAUGUAGAAGCGGGCAAUGCAUCCCGAAAUCACAAGCAUGCGACGGAAAUUAUGACUGUAGAGAUAAGAGUGACGAAUCAAAUUGCGGUAAAUAAAACUUUAUCUGCAUUUUAAAAUAUUUGAAAGUUCCGAAUCUGUUUAUUACUUCGCUCCCGAAAAUCCCAGACCCAGAUAGCACAAUAAGGUUUAUUUUCACUCACCAAAACCCUUUUAAUGUAAAGCUGAAAAGGUUUGUUAUGUGAUUUACUGGUAAGCCUUCUAAACUUAAAACGAGAUCUGAGACCAUCUGCUAUAUCUUAUCACUUGACAUUUUACAACGUUUGAAUGACUUUCAAAACUUAGUUCCAAAAAGUUCCACGAGGUAACUAUCUAAACUAUUUUUUGUUGUCUUCUUUGAUGUUUC